UUUUGACAACACCCCUAACGGACCUGAGAGUGAAAUUCGGCGUCGGUGGGGUGUAAACAAAUCGUUACACACUACGGCGAAUACGGGAGAAUCAGUUGUCAUCGAUGAAAAGUGAAAGCGGCGUUCAUACAUAGAAUGUAGACGAAAUGUGAUGUGCAUUAUAGGGUUGGCAUUGGAUCAUUUAUCAAUGCUAUCCCAGAUAUUUUUGCAACAAUGGUCGCCAGGUGAAUUGUCCAUUACCGUAGGAUAUUUCGACGAUGGCGACACCUGCAGAGCACGACCUCGCACUAGCUGAAACAGAGAGCAAUAAGGAGAAGUCUCAAGUAUUCGGAAUCCUUAGGUUACAGGAAGAAAAAUAUACCGGUGAAAAGGCUAGUACCACGUCCACGACAAUGAGAGCUGGGGACGGGAGAUGGCAGGCGCCUAUUUUCGCACUAGCCAGGAAAGCAUCGGAGACUUUUUCAGGAAGCAGCAGUCAUGUUUUGGCAAAGGUAGCGGAACCCACAUCUUUUGUAAACGAAUGGAGUGCCCAAGCCCUGCGGGACCCAAUGGCGAUGGAGAGAGCCAACCUUCUGAACAUGGCCAAGCUCAGCAUUAAAGGCCUGAUUGAGUCGGCUCUCAGUUUUGGACGCACCCUGGACUCUGACUACCCCCCCCUUCAGCAGUUCUUCGUGGUCAUGGAGCACUGCCUCAAACACGGCCUCAAAGUGAAGAAAUCCUUUCUUGGGUACAAUAAGUCACUAUGGGGUCCUCUGGAGAUGGUGGAGAAGCUGUGUCCUGAGGCAGGAGAGAUUGCGGCCAGCGUCAGGGACUUACCAGGACUAAAGACCCCGCUGGGCAGAGCACGGGCGUGGCUGCGUCUGGCCCUGAUGCAGAAGAGGUUGGCAGAUUAUCUCCGUGUUCUGAUCACCAGAAAGGACCUGCUGAGUGAUUUCUAUGAGAAUUCCUCUGUGAUGGUAGAGGAGGAGGGGGCGGUCAUUGUAGGCCUGCUGGUGGGACUCAAUGUGAUUGAUGCCAAUCUGUGUGUCAAGGGUGAGGAUCUAGAUACACAGGUUGGGGUUAUUGACUUCUCCAUGUACUUGAAAAAUGAUAUUGAUGACUACAGAAGUGAGGAAAGUAGAAAUGGUCAAAUAGCAGCCAUUUUGGACCAGAAGAACUACGUUGAAGAACUUAACAGGCAGCUUAAUUCUUCAGUACAUGGCUUACAAGGGAGAGUGGAUAACUUGGAGAAAUCAAACUCUAAACUUAUUGAGGAGUUGGCGAUUGCAAAAAAUAACAUAAUCAAACUACAAGAGGAGAACCAUCAGCUUAGAAAUGAGAACACUAUCAUUCUCAUGAAAGCUCAACAGCAACUUGAGGUGACCCAGGUGGAUGUGGAUGUGGAGCUGGACACCUAUAAGCAGUCGAGACAGGGCCUGGAUGAGAUGUACAACGAGGCCAGGAGACAGCUCAGGGAGGAGUGUCAACUACGCCAGGAUGUGGAGAAUGAGCUGGUAGUGCAGGUGAGCAUGAAGCAGGAGAUGGAUCUGGCCAUGAAACUGUUGGAGAAGGACAUCCACGAGAAGCAGGACACACUAAUUGGCCUGCGCCACCAGCUGGAUGAAGUCAAGGCCAUCAACGUGGAGAUGUACUCAAAAAUGCAGACUUCUGAUGAUGGCAUGAAACAGAAGAAUGACAUGAUCACUCGUUUGGAAGAGAAGACCAAUCAAAUCACAGCAACCAUGAAACAACUGGAACAAAGAUUACAGGAGGCAGAACGAGACCGCUGGACCGCAGAAGAUGGAGCACGCAAAUUCAAGCAGGACUUUGCCAACAAAGCCGACAGUCUCCAAAAGCAGAUUGCCCAAAGAGAAAAGCAAAUGUUGCAGCUGGAGACAGACCUAAAGAUUGAGAAAGAAUGGCGGCAGACCUUGCAGAACGACCUGGACAGGGAACGAGACAUCGUUGCUCAGCUCAGUGCUGAAGCCCAGCAAAUAAAUGGACUUAAGAAGGAGUUCCACAGGCUUCAGGAUGAGAAUAGCCAGCUAAAGGGGAUUUGUGAAGAACAGGAAAAAGCCCUGGAGGAGCUGGGCUGCAAACUUAGCGAAUCAAAACUUAAAAUUGAAGACAUUAAAGAGGCAAACAAAGCACUCCAGGGAGGGCAGGUCUGGCUGAAAGACAAAGAAGCUACCCACUGUAAACUGUGCGAGAAAGAGUUCUCCAUUUCAAGGAGAAAGCACCAUUGUAGAAACUGCGGAGAGAUCUUCUGCAAUGCUUGCUCUGACAACGAGCUGCCCCUCCCAGCCUCACCCAAACCUGUCAGAGUCUGUGAUACGUGCCACGCCCUUCUUCUCCAACGCUGCUCCUCAAAUGCCACAUGAGAUGUCUGCUGUCAAGCCCAUCCGCUGCUUUACAUCCCCCCCCCCCCCCCCCAAACUAGCAGGAAACCCUUGACUGUUAUCAGGUGUCAAACGUUUACAUUCUCCCAGGUGUCUCCCAUUGUAUAUCAGGUUUUAGUCAAUAUCUAAAACUUCUGUGACACUAAGAAUUUGUUAAGUCAGGCAACUCAAUUUCAAUAUUUUUUUAAUUGGUCUUUGACCAAUUAGAUCGGUAUGAUGCGACCAGUUAUAUUAAGAAAAAAAAAGAAUUGUGCUGCUAGUGUAAUCACAGCUUAAUGUUGUUGGGAAGUCUCCAUUUACAAUGGAAUGAAAACCAUGUGGGUAGCUUAACAUUUCAUUCCAAAUCUGCGGUAGGAAUAAAUUGAUUAGAGACCAUGUAACGUGUUUCUACAUCGUUAUACUGGCUGAGCCUGUUCUGAUGGGGAGGAGGCAUUGGAUCUCAUUUUAACUGAGACAUGUUAUUUCACUUGAAUGGACAGGUAAACUUUUUUCCCCACACAGUUGAUGUAGAUGGCAUGUUAUAGAAGUAUCCCAACACUCUCUGCAAUGUUGGCCGAUUUAUUUAGCCGUAAGCAUCCUCUCGACUCCACUGACAGGUACUCAAGAGUAAGGAUCAAUGGAAUAUAACGUUGCAGACAGUUAGGAAUGACAAAUCCAUGUGCACAUUUGAAUAACAAAAGACUCCACUGCAGUUUCUAUUUGUUGGUAAAUGUUCUGUAGCUUGGCAAUUUAUGAAUGAAAAUAGUGUGAGCCUUGCUGGUUUACCUGAAAACCAAAUAAUCUGUAUUUAUUGGUUGUGUGCGGUUUAGUAGGUUGCAGCAAAAUUAUUCUUACUAGUUUAAAGGUGCAGUAGCCCAAACCAACCAAAUCUUGAAAUAAAGAAAAUAAUAAUGAAUGUACAGUCACUGUGGAUGGGGAAUGCUUCCACCAGUCUCCUGUUAUGUCAUCUAGAUGAGUCUCUUACUUCCCUUGACAUGCCCUUUCCAUCAAAUAGAUUUGGUUAAAAGUGAAUUUGUCCUUUAACGGUUGUAAUUCACACGUGCCUCUAUGACAAAAUAGUGAACGAGUACCCCUCCCAGGUUGGUUUCUGCAUGGUAGAAGGCAGGCACUUUUCAGAAUUAUGUUCAUCAUGAGCACUAAUGUACACAAUGCUGCUUUCAGUGGUUGAGAAGCUUGAAACUAAAUGAAAACGGCACACAAAAUGUAUAUGUUGUAAUUACAAUUACUGACUGAAAGUUGGUGUAAUAAAUUAUUAACUUAUGUAAACUUGCUAACAUAGCAAACGUUUUGUUUGGAACCAUGCCAAUCUUUUGUAAAGUGGAAACGGGUUUUUCAGAGGGGUUUUUGUUCCUGAAUUUUUGUGAGUCUUAGCUCACAAGUUUGAAAACCUGUCUCACAAAGUGGUAGAAUAUAAGAUGCAAUGUGCAUUAAUUUGUGUAACCACAUACACUUGCUGUCAAUGUGUUUUGUAUUCAAUCAGCAAAAUAAAUGUUUACAAUGCAUAAUUUCCAUUAAAAUGAAAUGUGGUAACCCCUCA